GUAUGAAAAAGUCAGUCUAGGCGCAAAGUGUGCCAGAGGAUCACAAAACGAUUUACUUUUACAAGGAUUAGAAAGAACAAGCCAAUGCAGCGAUCCGUGUUGCUGCUGGGUGUUUUCGCCAUCCUGCUCUGCGCGGUGGUGGCUCUGCCCACAAGUCUGUCCAAAUCCGAGGAGGAUUGGCUAGAACACAUGCAGGUGGACAUCGAAAACAGCGGCGAACUCCAGGACCUGGACGACAGCAGCGGAGGCCACGUCGCCAAGCGAUCUGCCAAGGAUUCCAGCUCCUCCGAGGAAAACAAGAAUGGAGCCAAGGACAAGGCAAACAGCUCGGGUUCCUCGUCGGAGGAAAAGUUAGCAAUUGGAAAUGCUGUUCAUGCAGAAGAAACUACAACCGUGCACUCCGCUAGGAAACGAAGAGAAAUUACAACAAGUCGUCCGAAUACAGAUAUAACGCUAAUGGUUGACCAGUUAAGCAAAAUCUUAAUAACCUUGAAAUACAGAAUUUGUCACGGUCUGGAGGAAGGUAAGACGACAAGUCCUGCCCGCUUUCUAAGGGAGAAGGAAGAGUUUUGUGCUGAAGGGGAACCCAGAAGAAGGCGCGAAGCUGCCGACAAAGAUCAAACAAAGUAUCAAAAACCCAGCGAGGAGUCGGAAAUGGAUACCCAGGCUGAGAAGGAGCUGGACGAGGAGAUGACACGGGCUGAGGUGGAGAUUCAGAAGAUUUUAAACAGCAAGGAUAGCACUAGCAUCGAGGACUACGCCCAGGGGUGCGAGGUCAUGGAAGUCAGUUCCAAAGAGGCCAACGAGGCCACCUAUGCAGAAUAAUUUCUCUAAGUCUAAUGAUUUUAAAUAAACGUGAACAAAACUAAAAA